CAGAAUCAGCCAAACCACAUGUUGGUGGAUGUAGUCAUUUCCUGACUAGCUAGCUAAUCCUCUGUCUUUAUCUCCAAGCAAAGUAUACUCAAAACUCAAAAGGAAAACACCCUCUAUUAUUCCAACUGAACUGGUUUUUUUUCUUGUAGUAGUCCUUAAAUAAUGUUGUAGAUAGAGCAAUUCAGAUAAGAGGUUUGGUUUGAACAGGUCCCCAUUACAGUUUGGUUGAGCAUCCUUUACUUACAUGCGUAUUGCAAACAAUUGUUGACACUACCGUGUUGAAUCUUUGAAAAGAUGUUCACCAAAACGGUACUUCUUUUUGUGAUCUUCCUUAAUAUCUAUGUCUGUUUGGCUUCUGAUCCUGAUCCGGUCCAAGACUUCUGCAUAGCCAACACAGCAGAGUCUGCGGCUGCAAGCAAUGCCAUCCAAUGCAAGAAUUCAUCUGUUGCAACAGUGGAAGAUUUUAUAUUUUCCGGCAUCAGGUCUCCUGGAAAAUUUGGCCAAACAGGUCUUGCUGCUACUUCAGUGAACUCAAACAUCUUUCCAGGACUGAACACACUUGGAAUGUCCUUUGUCCGAGCUGAUUUUGAAGUUGGUGGUGUAAACGUGCCACAUUACCAUCCGAGGGCAACGGAGACAGCGUUUGUGCUUGAAGGAAAGAUUUAUUCCGGGUUUGUUGAUACGAAUAACAAGAUUUUCGCUAGAGUGAUUGAAAAGGGUGAGGUCAUGGUGUUUCCAAAAGGUCUAGUGCACUUCCAAAUGAAUGUGGGUGACACUCCAGCAACCAUAUUAGGGAGCUUCAACAGCCAGAAUCCUGGACUGCUAAGAAUUCCCACUUCAGUUUUCGGAUCAGGGAUUAAAGACGAGCUCUUGGAGAAGGCUUUUGGAUUGAGUUCUAAGGAGAUUGCCAAGUUGAACAAGAGGCUUGGUCCCCAUUGACUGAGCUAGCUAGACAACUGCAAUUUCAUUUCCUUUUUCGUACGUCUACUGACAUUCUUUCAUGAGCAAAUAUAUAAAUCUGAAUAUUGUUAUCUCAAUAUGGUACUCUGUUUAUUGUUUGUAGAACUAGGAAGUAUUCCCACAUGCCAAAUCCUUGAGAUUUUGGUUUUGUACUACUCUAUCUGCACUCAAUAGAAGAAUCUUUAAGGAAAACUUCAGUUCUUUU